CUUAUCCAUAAUCCAGCAUUCAUACACAAAAAAAUAUCCUGAAGAAUUUUCGUACAAAAGAACUCCAUGGAUUCCGCAAAGGAGGAUUUCCGGUAUCAAGCGUGAUUUCAAUGUUGAUGGAUAUACGACAUUAGAGACGAACACAAAGUUCUUGAUUCGCGCUACACCAGUAUCCGAUUCCCAUUCAAGAAGCAAUUGACGAUGAUAAUGGCGGUUACACCUUCUACUGGAAAAACUAUCUUCUCUUAUGGAAGAAGAGACACCAAAAUGCAUCAAUUUCAUCCUUCUUACACUUAUUACUUUUCAUCUCUGGCAUCAUCAAGCCAGAAAUUUCCAUUCUCCUCGCCAUACGAAUACAAAUUUAGAAUUUUCUCCUCAGUUAACCUAAUUUUAAAUUAUGGAAUUUCAUCCGGUAGAGAUUUUUAUCGCUGUAAUUUUAAAGGAAUCAAAGUUUUAAAGAAAUCUUUAUCAGAUGAAGAUGAUCAGUGUGCAGCAUUAGAGGAGGAUGAUCGUAGUAGUGGAGGCGGCGGAGGCGAUGAUGGAGGAACUCUAGAAUUAGUUGAUGAGGUAAACCCUAGGAAGGGAAUAUUGGCAUCUGCUUUACAAGGAUUUACUCUUCCACAAACUGAAGGCACUUCUGCAAUUAUCUCUGCUUGUGUUGUUGGACUUUUUACUGGAUCUAGCGUCGUCCUUUUCAAUUACGUGGUGCAUGAAUUUCGUGAUUUCUUUUGGGAUGGGGUAUUAUAUCGAGGUGCAUCAUGGUUAAGAGAAGAGCCUCUUGAAGAGACAUGGAAGAGGACUAUUUUUGUGCCGGUUUGUGGUGGUAUUCUGGUGUCCGUAUUGAAUCUUAUUCGAGAUGGUCUGGAUACCCCUGAUCGAGGAGAGUUUGUUUUCAUUCCUCAAAUAAAGGCAGUGCUUCAGCAAUUCCUCAAGUCCCUGGCUGCUUGUGUUACCCUUGGAACUGGAAAUUCUUUAGGGCCUGAAGGUCCCAGUGUUGAGAUUGGUUCUUCCAUCGGCAAAGGCAUUGCAUCUCUGUCUGCUAAGAGUACUGGAAAAAAGGUUCCUCUUGUUGCUGCAGGAUCAGCUGCUGGGAUUGCUUCUGGAUUCAAUGCUGCUGUUGCUGGAUGCUUUUUUGCUGUGGAGUCUGUUUUAUGGCCAUCACCUGAUUCAGCUGUGUCACUUACAAAUACAACCUCAAUGGUCAUACUCAGUGCUGUCAUAGCUUCUGUAUUAUCUGAGGUUGGUCUCGGUGCUCAACCAGCCUUCAAGGUUCCUAGUUAUGAUUUCCGCUCUGCAAGUGAGCUCCCACUGUAUCUUUUGCUGGGACUUCUAUGUGGCUUGGUUUCUUUGGCCUUGACUAGAUGUACUACUUUCAUGCUAAAUGAGGUUGAUGAAAUUAAGAAAGCUGGUCGAGUACCAAAGGUUGUUUUACCAGUAACCGGGGGCCUAGCAGUUGGGCUCAUGGCUUUGGCAUAUCCAGAAAUUCUUUACUGGGGUUUCCAGAAUGUUGAUAUCUUAUUGGAAUCUCGACCAUUUGUGAAAGGCCUGUCAGCUAACCUAUUGGUACAACUUGUGGGUGUUAAAAUUAUUGCUACUUCCUUUUGUCGAGCCUCUGGAUUAGUUGGGGGAUAUUAUGCUCCCUCACUUUUUAUAGGUGCUGCCACAGGAAUGGCAUAUGGCAAACUUAUUGCUUUGGCAGUUUCUGAAUUUCGUCCAAUCCAGUUUUCCUUCAUUGAAGUGGCAUCACCACAAGCAUAUGGCCUGGUUGGCAUGGCUGCUACUCUUGCAGGAGUUUGCCAAGUACCUCUAACAUCAGUGCUGCUUCUUUUUGAGCUGACUCAGGACUAUCGGAUUGUCAUACCGCUUUUAGCAGCUGUUGGCAUGUCUUCAUGGAUUACAUCUCCAAGGAUAAAAAGAUCAGAUUCAGGGAAUCUAAAGAAAAUUAAAGAAAGUUCUCUGGAGAUUCAACCAAGUAAAGCAUCAAAAAUUAACACUGCCUCACGUUCUUCUGGUUUGUCAUACUCUUUAAAGGAAUCAAAGACAGAUAAUAUCUGUGAAAUCGAGAGAUCAAGUUGUUUUGAAGAUUCUGACGUGGAGACUGAGGAAGUUGAAAGUAGAAUCUUAGUUUCGCAGGCUAUGAGGACAAGCUUUGCAGCUGUCUCAAGGAGCACACCGUUAAUGGAAGCGGUGACUCUCAUGCUUGCAGAGAAGCAGGAUUAUGCUGUAAUUGUUGAUAAAGGUGAUCAUUUGAUCGGUAUACUGUCCUUAGAUGACAUUCUAGAGUUCAGUGGAUAUGCACAAACUAAGAAAAUAAAACCUGAGGAGUUGGUAGUGGAAGAUAUAUGCUCUCAUAAUGAUAAAUGUGAGGUUUUGUGGACAGCAACUCCAAACAUGGAUCUUCUAUCAGCUGAAAUAAUAAUGAUCAAACAUAGAUUGAGCCAGCUGCCUGUUGUUUCUGAGCUUGGGCAGGGAUUCAGAGGAAAACCCGUUGGUGUUAUAGACAUGCAGUGUAUCAAGCUAGCUUGCAGAGCUGUCGCCGCCACACAAUAUCUGAAUGAGAAUCCUGGAUCAAAAAGUGAUCGCCUCGUAUAGAGGGCAGUCUGCACUGGGUUUAUACUACAUCUUUCUGGUUAACUAAAACUGGAAAAUGACUAAUGACCUUAACCUGAGUAUGGAAGCUAAUGACAUGAGUGAUAUGUCCUUGCUCCUGUAGAAUGCAAUUGUUGAAUGCUGCUCCUGUAGAACGCAAUUGUUGAUUGUGCAGUGUUUUGGAUGUGGUAAGGGACAAAGUUUCAUUUCAUUUCAAAUUAUACGUCGAAAUGAAGAGUGACGUUAGGACUGUUUGGAUUAAUUCUAUGCUGGAGUUUCGAUUUGGCAUAGUCUGAUGUUCAAUAUCGGCUGGUGGCUGGAAUUCAAAACUCAUGCUUGAAUCCCAAUGAGACAGGAUUGUACACAAUAGAUCGAUUAUAGCUAUGUUCAUACUUCAUAGUCCAUUUUUUAUUCCAAGAUUGUUAUAGGCUAGAAUUAUAAAACUUAUAUUACUACUAAUAAAAGUAUAAUCAAAGAUAAA